AUGGAUAAAGUAUUGAGACCGGAUAGACUUGAACUGGACCUAGCUACAUCAACUCAAGGAGGAAACGCAAACAAAUUCAUACAUUGGAGCACUACGAUGGACAACUUCAUCGAGACACUGAAAGACACCGUAACUAGUGACGAAGCUAAAUACAAGGUUUUAAUAAACUUUAUUAGCCCCGAUAUCUUCCUGCACAUAUCGGGGCUAACUAAAUACACUGAAGCCAGCGCCCUCUUACAGGCUCUAUUCGUAAAGACGAAAAACCCAAAUUAUGCUCGUCACUGCCUGGCCAUGAGAACCCAGAAGGAAAGAGAAUCCAUCGAAUUAUACUUGUUGGCACUAGAAAAACUAGCUAAAGAGUGUGACUUCAAGGAUGUAACUGCUGCAGCGCACCAAGAGGAAUGUAUCAGAACGGCAUUCAUAUCAGGAUUGAGCUCACAUCAGAUCCGUCAACGGCUACUUGAGGAUACUAAACCCUUAUCUGACACAACUAAGGCAGCUACCACACUUGAGCAAGCCCUCAGGGAGAGUAAGCACUACAAUCACCGGGCUUCUGACGAAGGUCACUUAGCGGCAACCGAUUCAUGCUCUGUUGGUCAAGAGUCUAUCUCUCAUGUUGCAGCUGUGCAGGGCCGUGCCCAAUUCCAAUCACAAAAUUUAAUGACAAAGGACUGUUUUGUCGCUGCAAAAGUAGUAACAUGGUUCAUGAAUCCAUUGCUUGCCAGGUAUGUGACGACAACUUCAGGCAUGGUCGUGGUUUAA